GCAUUUGUCAGACAGGAUUACCAAUCAUUCGCAUAUCGACGCUUAAAAUUACCCCAUUAAUUACUAAUGAUUCCGAGUUCUCCCAUUGCGAUCUUGGAGUUUCAAGUGGGCAUUCCGACUAUAGCUCGUACUGCUUCCGUUAACUUUCACGAUAAUUGAUUAAAUUGCCUUUCAAACUCAACUUCCUAUAACCCCUAUACCUUCACAUAGAAUCGCUCCACAAUGGCUUCCACUCAGAAAGCUGUACUUCUCACAGAGGUCGGAAAGCCUCUUGUUCUCGUCAACGACCUACCCAUCCCGCGACCUGGCCCGCAACAGGUUCAACUCAAAGUAUCCGUUGCUGGUCUCAACCCACACGACCAAAAGACUCGAGACAUGGGCCUUUUUGUCAACGAUGAUCUUCCCAAAAUCCUCGCCAGCGAUAUCGUGGGAAUAGUAACCAAACUUGGAGAGGGCGUGAGUAGCAUCGCUGUGGGUGAACGGAUCGUCAGCCAGGGCUCCCAAUUUCCCGGCCCGCCUCAGAAUGGUCUCCAGGAGUUCGCCGUGGCAGAUGUUGGAGCAUCGUCAAGGAUCCCGGACUCCAUCACUGACGACGAGGCGGCCACUCUACCCACCAACAUCAUUGCGCCUUUGGUAGCGCUCUUCGAUACACUGCAGAUUCCUGCACCGUGGUCAGGGAAAUCCAAGAAUUUUGAUUAUGCAAACACAACACUUUUGGUGGUCGGGGGAGGAUCCAAUUGUGGCAAAUUCGGCGUGCAGCUGGCUAAGCUCGCAGAUAUAGGCAAGAUUGUUGUCGUGGGCGGGAAUGAAGCAGAGUUGAAGGGAUUCGGCGCUACCCACGUUCUUGACCGCCACGGAGGCUACGACGUCGUCCUUGACCGUAUUAUAGCCGUAGUAGGAGACAACCUGGUCUACGCCUUCGAUGCAAUCCAGCCGCCCGAAGGCCAGAUCCUUACGCUCAAUGCUCUCUCCAAUCACAAGAAAGGCGUGCUAGCUCGGUUGCUCCCCUUAGGGCCCGUUGACGAGUCUAGAGUCCAAGGGAAGAAAGCCGGCUUUGAGGUUCGGGAUGUGUUCGGCAGCUCUCAUGCCAAGCCCGACGUUUCCAAACGAUUCUGGGAGUUGGUUCCUGGGUACCUGGAGGCUGGCAAGAUCAAACCAAUUGGAUAUGUGGCGAAGCAAGGUCUUACUGCUGAGAAUGUAAAUGAAAUCCUCGAUGCUUAUCGGGAUGGCAAAGCUGUCACGAAGACUCAUAUACACCUCUAGACGAACAGGAUCUUGAUUUGGGUGUUUGGCAAGCAACGAAAUCGAUGAAGAUGCGUGUUAUUGGUUAAUGAAUCAAUAUCAUCUGGCCACAGACCGCGGGUCAAAACCUCUAGUUAGGGGGUUCUCAGGAAGGCGAAAGUGGUUAGACAACAAGCAGAGCACGAAAUUGCUAAGGUGCAACAUAUGAGUCAUUAGAGCCCAGUAUUUCCCCAUUGCAAGCCAAAAAUGAGUUUGCAGCCCGUUGCGUGUUGUAUGAACUAGUUAAAGUGGCAAACAUUACAGAUCGCUGCUAUUUACUUCAACCAAUAGUUAUAAAAAGCUCCUGCUUAUCUUGCAACUAACAGAAAC